AGUGGUUAAAAAAGAAAAGAAAAUAAGGAAAACGCAAACGCAAACGGGCCACAACAGCAAAAGCAAAAGAAAGCGCAGUCAAAAUGUCGACAACUGUGGAACAGACGUCCAGCGAAGCGCACACAGCGGGCGACCUGACAGCAACAGCGACAGCAGCAACAACAGCAACAGUUGCAGCCGCAACAGCAGCAGCAGCGACCGCAACAGCAGCUGCCCCAACGCCCAUCACAGAAAUUGAGCAACUGCAGCAGGCGCUGCUCGAGAGGCAAACGCAACUGUACGCAUUGGAAACGGCCUGUCUGAGGGAAACGGAGCGACAAGUGGAGCUAGAGGACAGUGUGAUUGCGUGGCAGGAUAAAUACGAUCGUCUCUACGAAUCGCACAAACGUGUUCAAAAGGUCAAUCAGAGUCUGGAGGAUAAAAUGCUCAAGCUGGUCGAUCGCAAUACGAACGAGCGGGCACAGCUCACCAGCGAUGUGGCAACGCUAAGCGUACGAUUGGCCCAGGCGAAUUUUAACAUUGCCAAGCUGCAGAGGGAAAUUGAGCGCUACAAGGCCGACAUUAGUCUUGCCAUACAAUUGCUGCAAUGCAAACCGGACAGCUUUGUGCCCCAGAAGGUGUCGUCGCUGCCAAUUGACAUACAGUCCAAGGUGUCUGCCUAUAUGCGUCUGGAGACCAAUUCGCAUUCGGAUUCCGAGUGUAGCAAUAGUGGUGUAGGCGUGGCAACCACAGCUUCCUAUAAAGUGCUUCCGGUCUCGGACUCACCACCGCCAGCGCCAUGCCCCUUUCCGCCCACCGCAAUGGUGUACUCAAUGCGGGGCCUUGGUAAGUACGCCGCCAAUGGCAACUCAGCGAAUGCACAAACAGCGCCAGCGAACAACAACAACAACAAUAACAACAACAGCAACAACAGCAACAAUAGCAACAGCAGAGGCAGUAGCACAAAGGAUACAAUUAACAAUAACAAUGUUAGCAACAACAACAACAAGCACAGCUGCAGCCAAACGCUCAACGGUCAACCCAAGACCAACAACAACAACAACAACAACAAUGCAGAUCCCGACAUGAUUUCACCCACAGUUAUGGCCAAAUUUCUGGAGGAUGAACUGAAACUGAAUGACGUGAAGCACUGCGAUACGUGCCAGUGCAGCAAACAGGAUCUGACCGUGCUGGCGGACAUCGCACGUUCCUAUUCGGUGGCCACCCAGACGCCCCACUCGCUGGCAACCGCUGGCGCCAGCACGCUGAACGAACCGUUGACCCAGCUGUGCCUGCGUUGCCACAGCAAUCUGAACUCGCCGUCGCGCACCAAUAGUCCCUAUCUGAUGAAACUGGUCAAGUCGAGUGAUUCGGUCAUUUCGGAGACGAAGAGCUCCGUUUCGGAUCUGAAUGACAUGGACAAGCUGUUCACGCUGCCCAAAAAGGAUGAUCUGAUGGUUAAUCCCAUACUGGGCCAUCACAGGCUGUGUGAGCGGACGGCUCUGCCGGCCAGCGCCAACACGCUCGUGUAUCCGACCACGCUGCUGGGCACCUAUACGGGCGCCGAGAAGUAUCUGCUGGAGACGAGCAAUCUGGGCCAGCUGCGUCAGGGCACGGGCACUGCGUAUCAGCGUCGAUUCUUGGACGGCGGCGGCACGGCGUUGCAGCUGCUCAACAAAUACGAGGCAACGGCAACGACUGCUGCUGCUGCUACCGCAGCAGCCGAGGAGUUGGAGGAUGAGGUCAGUAAGCCGCUGCUGGCGGGCAUAUCACAGCCCAAUCUGCUGGAGGCGGAGCAGCCGCCAGUUGUGCAGCUAACCAAGCCGGAGGAUGUGUGCGAACCGCAGCCCGCCAAGCCAACAGCUGUCGUUGGAGCCGGAGUCGGAGUCGGAGCCGGAGUUGGGGUCGCGGCUGUUCCUGUCAGCUGCCCGCUCAAGUCCAAUAACUCGGGCAGCGUGCAGAGCCUGUGGAGCAACAAGACGAGCAGUUGCGAGGGCGCCAAAAUGUUUGAGACCUUCAAUAGAAAUCUCAUCAAGACUAUCAAGGCGGAGAAUCCGAAAUAUCGAGGGCCACGUCUGUGUGCCAUGCGCAUACAGCAGAAUGGCCAGAGCAACAUACUGCUGGACAAUUUGGAGUCGAUAGAGACGCAUGUGCCGGUCAUCUACAAGCGGCGCGAACGACUGCUGGACGAGGAGCUGAACGAUGGCAAGGACAUUAUAACGUCCAAGGAGAGCAAUGCGUCGGCUGCGGUUGAGGUGUGGCAGGCCUCGGCCAUGCCGCACGAGAAUGUGGCACUGCAGCCGGUGCUGGAGCCGCAGGUGGAGCUAAAAGAGACUGAAAAGAGCGCCCAGUUGGACAGCAGCAAUAUGCCCACGGCAGUUCCGUCGGUGGCGGCAGGAACAACGGAGGUGGUCGCUGGAUCAGGUGUUCCAACUGGUCCAAGUGUAAUAACUGCAGCGGCUGCUGUUGCUGCUGCUGCUGCUGUGUGCUCACCCAAGCACUCGGCCAACUCGAGCUCGCUGAGCGAUGCCAUUGACUAUCAGGAGAGCGUGCUGCUGCGUCGCCAGCAGCUGAAUCGUGUGGCCGAGUGGGUGCAGCACAAUACACAGCAGCUGGAGCAGCGGGCGCUGCAGCAGCCCGCGCUGGCCACGGACUCCAAUUCGGGCACGGAACGGCAAUCAUCCUACUCGACGCUGGAUCGCAUGGACUCCAUAUCCAUAGAAAAGCUAAGCAUGGACUCGGGCUAUAAGACAACGCCACAGCAGCUGACCAAUGGUUAUGCGGAUGCGGGCAAAUCCACGGAGGAUUCCCUCUCGCCCAAGACAGACAUCACCAGCAAUUCGCUGCCCGAGGCAGUCAUGUCCAACAGCCAGCCAGGCGCUGCGUCUGCCGCUGUGGUGACCAAAAAGGCAGAGCUCUGCACCACCUAUUACAGGCGCACAACGCGUUCCGGCCUGCCCGUGGCAUAUACCACAACCACGACGACCAUGACGGCAGUAGCAGCAGCAACAGCAGCUGAUUCGCAGGGCUGCUCCUCGGCCGGGUCGCCGUCGCUGCUGUGCCCCGAACAGCCCACGUGUGAUAUACUCAACUAUAAAUACUAUCCCAAUGAUACGGACAAGACGCGCUCCGUUCAGGCCGAGCUGCACACGACCACACAGCACGUGGACAUCGCCCAGAUGGAGUACAAUGUAAAGCAGUUUCUGCUCAAGCAAAACGAAUGGUCCAUGCGCGCCGAGGCAGCUGCGCCAGGUGCUGCCGGCGCUUCGGCGCCACGUCUGCUGCGGCAUACGCGUCUCCUGGGACCCGGCGUGGGUGAGCGGGUGCGCAUGGCCACGCCUGGUGGCGCUGUGGCAGCCACGCCCAGUGUCCUGGCGCCGCACAGAACUGAAACGAAUUUAUAAGCGUGGGGAGCAGGCGUCACACGAGCGAAGCAUCAACCAAAUUGUAUUCUAGUUUAGCGCCAGAUACCAACCAGGAGCAAUGCUUACAAGCAAGUUUAAGUUAAUAAGUACCAUGUGCUAGUUAAUGUACGAUAUAUAUAUACAUGAAUUUAUAUAUAUAUACCUAUGUGUAAUACUUGAAACUACGUCUAGGCUGAUUGAAGCCAGAGUUGCGCUUAUAAUGCAGCUAAGUAUAUGGGCAUCAUGGCGUUGGAAUAUUAAAUACAUAACUAAGUUCAUACACUCAGAGAAAAACAUUUAGUAUUCAAUAGUUAAAUUAAGCAGAAACGUUGAUAAACUGCGUUCAAGUUCAGAAUUUUGUAAGCUAACAUGGAAUUUCUUUUUCACUAAAUUUUUGUAAUUGGUAAAUUUUAUACUUAAUUCAAGCUUUGUUAAGCCCUUGUAGAGGGUAUUAUAAUUUAGUCACAAAAUAUGUUACGCACAGAAAAAGACAUCUUUGAUUCCAUAUUACCAUAUAUCCAUAUAUCAUUUAUAUAUUCUUGAGCAGCAUCAACAGGCGAGUUGAUGUUGCCAGGUUCGUCUGUUUGUCUUCUUCUGCAAACUAUCUUCUCAGUUUUAAGCUAUCCUAGUUCCGUUUUCCGUAUCAUAUCGAUCGAAAUGAAGUUUUUGCAUGAAAAACUGCUUUACAUGAUAUUUUCAACUUGUCAAACUUGCACCCUUAAUUUGAAUUUUGGGACUGCUUUAUCAUAUAGCCCUUAUAGGAAGAAUCUUAAGAAAAUUUUGGAAAACUAGUUCAUAAUUUCUUGACCAAACUUAGCAAUUACGAGCUUCACUCUUCUACGAACAUAUUUCCAAAGCCGUAACAAAUCGAAUGAGUUUAGUUAUUCUUUAUAGGAACAAUCGGAUUGGCGUAAAGCCUUCACAUAAAAGCGCUUCCAAGCCACAAAGUCUACUAUAGUAUUUGAACGUUAUCUUUUAUUUGUAUAGUAAUGUUUUUUAUGUUUACAUUAUAAAUUAUUUAAGCUUCAAGAUUUGCACCUAAACAUAGAAGCUUUUUCUCUGAGUGUAGCAUUUCAUACAACCUUCUCUAGUCUUCCUUCUGCUGUAUAAACUGUACAAACUAAACUUUAGAGCUUGCUUUCGACAUUUAUUAAAAAUUUCAGGUCUUAGCCCCAAGCGUUUGUCUUCCUUUCUCGACUUUCUCUCAUCUCUCACGUCCAACGCCACGCUGUUCCGGCCCAUAUAUAAAUAUAUAUAUAUAUAAAUUAAAAAGCAUAUGAUUAUUCCAUAUGAUAUUCAAAUUUUCGCAUUACCUUUUGGUGUCUGCAUGUUAAUCAAUCCAUUUAAUAUACAACUCUCUAUAUAUAUAUAUAUAUCUGCCUAGGCUAUAACGAUAUUAUGCUAAAUCGAUUGAUAUGUAUUUGAUAAGCGCCAUUAUAUUUUCUAGAUUCCAAUUGUGCAAUAUUUGUUAUUAGCGAGAAACCAAGAAAAACCAAGAAACAAAAAAAGACGUAUAGAAAUGAAUUUUUAUUUUUAUAAAAUGCGACCAAAAGAAAAAAAAAAACCGAGGCAUACGAAAAUCUAUUCGAGAGUUCUAUCUAUUAAGUUCGUAAUAUUUGAAAUCUAAAAUCCGCCAAGAACCUGCCUAAUGUUUAAGCUUCUACGAUAUAGCAGCCGCUCUAUAAUUAACCUAUAUACAAGUGUACUGUACCUUCUUAGUAAAAAUUUGCAGCAACUGUACUCAUUCCUGCCCAUUAGAUGACCUUCAUAACACACAGCCUAUAUACUCUCGAUCUACACACGAUCUAUAUAUAUAUAUAUGUAUAGUGGAAAAACUGAAUGUAAUCCUGAGCUAACUAGCAAUUCAUCAUAUAUAUAUAUAUAUAUAUAUAUAAACGUAUCUGAACAGACAUAUGAAACACACACACAUACAUAUAUUUACACAUGCAUACCGCAUCGAAAGCAUACACACACACGUACACACUCGUAUAUCCGACCCACAACAAACUACUUUGAAAGGCUUCAAAUUAUCUACCGAAACAUUUUCUAUAUACACGCAUAAUCCCUCCCAUAUUUAAAAAUCAAAAUUAAAUGCCUAUUUACUCGUCUAUUUACAAGCAUAAUACAUACAUACAUAACAUACAAAUACAUGCAUAUAACUCCAUAUAUACCUACAUAUAUAUAUAUAUAUAUAUGACUUUAACAUGUAUACACUGAGCGAAAUGCUAUAUGAAAAAUGCUUUAAUACUGUUAUGUUUGGCCUAUUUCUAAACGUUUAAUUAGACACAAUUCUCUCAUAUAAAACAAAAAAACUAUUACUAAUAAACAGCUUCGAACUGACUAGUUGAACAAAUUAUGCCACAUAGUUUUGUUCAGUGUAACUUAAGCUUAUGCUACAUUUAACUCUUAACCAAUGCAGCUAAGUUUGUCAAUCAAAAACAAAGACUUGCAACAUGUUCUUCAAAAGGAAAAUAAGCAAACAGUACACAAUCAAAACAAACAUAUUCAGAACCCACAAACAAAUCAUUAACUACUCGUAAAAACACACAACUAACACACAAACUACUCAAUUCUACUCUUUGCUAUCCUCGACUUGUACUCAUUCAACUCGCUGCUCAAAAGAAAGGAAAAAA